UAAUGAUGAUGUACAGGGAACAGACUGGUUUUUAUAAUUUAUAUAACUCUAAUAAAAUAUGUUCUUCAAAUUAAGACAGUAUUAACAUUUGACAUUGAUAAUCUUUCGUGGCCCUAACCUGUGGGUGUGCUAAUAUUUUCAAUCUACACAGUAUACAUAAUAAUUAUUCUACUAACUCUGUACGGAGCACUGUGGUAGGUACUGACGAGUUGUUUCYAACUGUAUCAGCACAAAGGGCCGCGGGGUGCACGCGACAGACACGACUAUUUCAGGUGUACCUGCUUCACGCUGUAGUGAUGGCGACCAGAUGGGGAUUGAUUGGCACCAGCAAUAUAUCUCACGAUUUCGCUGUGGCCAUGGAUACAUUGCCACGGACAGAGCACUUGAUCACAGCAGUGGCGUCCAAAGACAAAGCGAGGUCUCAAGAAUUUGCCAAACAGUUUGACAUUCCCAAUGCGUACGAUUCUUAUUCUCUGAUGGCAAACGACACCGAAGUAGAUGUUGUGUACGUGGGCACUCUCAAUGAGCACCAUUACUCUGUUAGUCGCUUAAUGUUGGAACACGGUAAGAAUGUUUUAUGUGAAGAACCGUUCUGUCAAAAUACUAAGCAAGUUGAAGAGCUCGUUGAACUUGCAAGGUCAAAAAAUUUGUUUCUUAUGGAAGCAAUGUGGAUGUUUUUCACACCAGCAUUCACUAUCUUAGGAGAAGAAAUCAACAAAGGUUCAAUUGGUGAACCAUUGCAAAUAAUAUCUUCAUUUGGCACACCAAUGUCCGAAUCACUAAUUCAACAGCGAAAUAGUGGUGGAUCAAUAUUAGAAUUGGCUGUAUUCUCAGUUUACAUGAGCCAAUUUCUGUUUGGUCCUGAAAAGCCUCAAAUCUAUGGCACUUGUGGACAGUUAACAGAAUCUGGGUAUGAUAAAAAUGCAAGUGUAAUAUUAAAGUAUAGCAAUGGUAGAAUCUCUACGUUUUUAAGUCAUUUUAAAGUUGACCUACCUAACGAAGCAAUUGUAUUYGGCACUAAAGGAAAUAUUAAAUUAUAUGAUCCAUUCUGGUCAGCGACUAAAAUUUCUGUAAAUGGAACAGACAUUAAUAUAGACGUGCCUAAUACAAAAAAAGCAACAAGAUAUGGAAAUAGUGUGCAACUAAUCUAUGAGAUUCAAGAAGUUAGAAAUUGUCUUCUGAAAGGGUUAAAUGAGAGCAGUGUUGUUCCAUGGUCACUAAGUAUCGAAAAUGCACUUCUGGUUGAAGAUAUAAGAAAAAAAUUAGGAGUAACUAUUUAUGAAUAAUAUAAACCAAUUUUGGUUGAUAUUUAAAAUUAUUAUGAU